AAAAACGUCUCCAGACCUCAACUGUAACAGUGUAAUUUAUACAUUAUUGUCAAAGAAACACAUUGCAGGCUCUUUACUCCACACGAAUAAGAAGAGUCUGCUGACAGAAUAGCAUGGAAAUGCGGCUGACACUUGGCCAUUUUCUCAGUGCAAACGCGUCCUUGCGAGAAGACACCUAUCCUCGGAUCAUAUCAUUAUGGGAGCUGUUUGUUUUGUCAGGCACUUUUGUUUGUUUUUCCUCUUGUUAAAUACUCGUCAAAGCACUGCAACUGCAGGGAUUCGGGAUGUAGAUCACUGCGCUGAAGGAACAGAUGCCUGUCAUUUAGACGCUAUUUGUCAAAAUACACCAAAGUCUUACAAGUGCACAUGUAAAGCAGGUUACAAGGGCGAUGGAAAGCGAUGUGAAGAUGUUGAUGAAUGUGAUAAUGAAAAUGAUGGGGGCUGUGUACACGAAUGUAACAACAUUCCAGGCAAUUACCGCUGUACUUGCUAUGAUGGAUUCAUGUUAGCACAUGAUGGACAUAAUUGUUUAGAUGUGGAUGAGUGUGCGAUGAACAAUGGUGGCUGUCAGCAUGUUUGUGUCAACGUAAUGGGCAGCUAUGAGUGCCGGUGUAAACAAGGCUUCUUCCUGAGUGACAACCAGCACACAUGCAUCCAUCGCUCUGCAGAGGGAAUGAGCUGCAUGAACAAAGAUCACGGCUGUGCCCACAUCUGCAAGGAGACUCCGAGAGGAGGCGUGGCUUGUGAAUGCAGACCUGGUUUUGAGCUUGCCAAGAACCAGAGGCACUGCAUCUUGACGUGCAAUCAUGGAAACGGUGGCUGUCAGCACACCUGCGAUGAUGCUGAUCAUGGACCGAUUUGUGGAUGUCACCGGAAGUAUGCCCUCCACUCUGAUGGGAAAACAUGCAUAGAGAAGGAUGAGGCUGCAGUUGAGAGCUCAGUGUACAAUACCACGUCAGUAGCUGAUGUGGACAAGCGGGUGAAACGGCGACUGCUAAUGGAAACGUGCGCGGUUAACAAUGGAGGCUGCGAUCGCACAUGUAAAGACACUUCUACCGGCGUUCGGUGCAGCUGUCCAGGAGGAUUUACAUUGCAGACUGAUGGAAAGACCUGCAAAGAUAUUGAUGAAUGUCAGUUCCAUAAUGGAGGAUGUGAUCAAUUCUGUAAAAACACGAUUGGGAGUUUUGAAUGCAGCUGCAAAAAGGGAUUCAAGCUUUUGACAGAUGAGAAAUCUUGCCAAGAUAUCGAUGAGUGCUUCUUUGAAAGAACAUGUGACCACACCUGCGUUAAUUACCCAGGAAGCUUUGAGUGUGUGUGUAAUAAAGGAUUCACCCUGUAUGGGUUGGCACAUUGUGGAGAUAUUGAUGAAUGCAGCAUCAACAAUGGAGGCUGUGAGCACAGCUGUGAGAAUACGGUGGGGAGCUUUGAGUGUCAUUGUCAUUUGGGCUACAAACUCCACUGGAACAAGAAGGACUGCAUUGAAGCAGAGAGUCUGCCUGUGGCUAAAAGGCCUUCUAAAGCCAUGCUAAACUGCAGUAAACUGGAAGGAAAUGACUGCUGUUUUCUGACAUGCCAAUCGCAUGUGCACAUCCUAACUGGGUUUGAAGAUUCGUACACUGUGACUUGUGGGACGCCUUACCAUUGCUCCAGUAAUGGGCUCAGAAGCAAAAAUACCUCUAAUUGCUUUGGGAUGGAUUCUGGUAACACACCACGGAUAAAGACAACAGCAACUUUUAAAUCAAGUGCAGGGAAAUGCAAUUUAAAAAGAAGCCAAGAGAAGCUUAAAGAAGGUCUAAAACUAGCUCUUUCAGACAAAAAGAACCCUUAUACGGAGAACACCCAGUUCAGCUUUUUAAGCCUGAGAUGUAUCUCAGCAAGGAAAAUACGCAGCCGGCAUGAACGGAAGACAGGCGAGGAUGAGGGCUCGUCGAUUACCGCCCAAUUUGAGUUUGAAAUGAACCUGCAGGAGGUAACAGAAUCUUGCGACUUGGCAUGCGUGCGUAAGCGGUCCGAGAAAAGACUACGCAAAACUAUCCGGACUCUGAGAAAGUCUAUCAACAGGGAGCAGUUCCACAUGCGCUUCGGGGGCACUGAAUACGAGCUGCCGAAGAAGAAUACCAAAGCUCUGGAUUCAUCGGAGCACUGUGGCACUGGACAAGUACUCUGGGACAAUACAUGCAUUAGCUGCAGUGCUGGAACGUACUACGACGGGGAGCAGGGAAGGUGUGCACUGUGCCCCGCUGGGACGUACCAAGACGAGGAGGGGCAGCUCUCCUGCGAGGCCUGCCCAGGUCCUGAGAGUCUGGGGAGCUCAAGAACAGCCGGGGCUCGGAACAUUUCAGAAUGUGGAGGUCAGUGCCAGCCAGGUGAAUUCUCUUCCGAUGGUUUUAAACCCUGCCAGUCCUGUCAGCUAGGGUCCUACCAGCCCGAAGCGGGGCGUACCACCUGCUUCUCCUGUGGGGGAAACCUUAUAACCAAGCACAGCGGAGCAGUGACGUUCCAGGACUGUGAAACAAAAGUUCAGUGUUCCCCUGGGCAUUUUUACGAUACCACAACACACAGAUGCAUUCGCUGUCGAGUGGGAACCUACCAGCCAGAAUUUGGACAGAACUACUGUGUGGCAUGUCCAGGGAAUACUACAACUGAUUUUGAUGGCUCAACAAAUGUAACUCAGUGUAAAAAUCGACACUGUGGAGGGGAACUCGGAGACUUUACUGGAUUUAUUGAGUCCCCGAAUUACCCAGGAGACUACCCAGCAAACACUGAAUGUACCUGGAAUAUUAACCCGCCUUCCAAGAGACGCAUUCUCAUUGUAGUCCCUGAGAUAUUCCUGCCCAUCGAAGACGAAUGUGGAGACUAUUUAGUCAUGAGGAAAAGCUCUUCAUCUAAUUCUGUAACAACAUACGAAACCUGCCAAACAUACGAGCGUCCGAUAGCUUUCACAUCAAGGUCGAAAAGAUUGUGGAUUCAGUUUAAAUCAAAUGAAGUCAACAGUGGAAAAGGCUUUCAAGUACCCUACGUCACUUACGAUGAGGACUACCAAGAGUUGAUUGAAGACAUUGUCCGAGAUGGCAGAUUGUAUGCAUCAGAGAAUCACCAGGAAAUACUAAAGGACAAGAAGCUGAUCAAGGCCCUGUUUGACGUCCUGGCCCAUCCUCACAAUUACUUCAAAUACACAGCGCAAGAGUCAAGAGAAAUGUUUCCAAGGUCUUUUAUUCGCUUCCUGCGCUCCAAAGUUUCUAGGUUCCUGCGGCCUUACAAGUAGUUAUAAACUACUUGCACUUGGACAAUGUUCUUUUUUUUUCCUUUUCUUUGUGCAACUUCUUAGAACAAAGUCAGUUACAGUAAGUUGCUGAAAUGGUCACAAAUCAACAAGGAGCUGACAGAAUCUAAUAACUGGCAUCAUGAUGGGGAGAACAGGAAUGCUCAGAAGAAGAGAGAUGAAUUUAUUACUCUAGACAAGACUUUCUGACAACAUAUCAUGGACUAUAUAUAUAUAUAUAUAUAUAUAUAUAUACACAAACAUUUUAACUGAUGUAGUACUUAUGUUCAAAUCAAAUGGGUUGCCUGAUUUUGAAUAAAAUGCACUGGCAUUAGAUUAGAUUCCAACUAGGUAAAGUCCAAUUUAUGAAGUCUGUGUUAUAUGAGCUAAUAGAAUAAUGUCCCAUCAUGGGAGUAGAAAUAUUCAGAGUAGUCUUAUUAAAGUCAAUGUGUAGUGUUUUAGAAGUGCCUAUUCUAGCUUAGAGAUAGCACUGAAUAGUCGACCCAUAGAAUAGAAAGCGACAGAACCUCAGAAUCUGAAGUCACGUGAUUGUAAAGUCAUUGUAAAGUGCAGUUGCGGUUGCAAACCAAUAACACAUGAAUUGCAUUUUAGAACAUCAAAAUUCCAAGCAGUUUUCAAAUGUAGAACACAAAGAGCAAAGGGUUACAAAAUAGUAUAUUCACAAAUAAAGCACCAGGCAUUAUCAAAUACGUCAUCAGAAUUUUUUUAAGUGGUGUCUAGGCGACCUAUUUGACUAUUUUUACCUCAACUGUUCGACUGUCAAAUUAAUUGUUUUUCUACCCCUAUCCUAGCUCCUCAUAAAAUAUUCCACACAUUCAAAUAGCAUUUAAACUAUGGCUGUAGACCAUGGAAUCUCAAAAGGUCAUAAAUACAGUACAAUUCUCAUAUAAAUGAUCGUGUGUCGAGAUGUUGUUCUUUAUCAUUGAUGUGUUGAUCAUCUAAAACCUUUUACGCAAGAACUGUCCUUUUUGAAUAGACGGUUCCUGAUAGAGAAGAAAAUAAUGUUAUUUUUGUAUUCUUCAAUCCAAAAGAUUAUUUAAUGCUAAAAAAAACAGCUAUCUCCCAUUUAUAUUAAAGGGGUGUGUUUAUAAGCAUAUGUUAUCAUUUAAAAUGAUGCCGUGUUCAAUAAAGUGCAUAACCAAGAAAAAAAAGAAUAUAGGAAUAAAUUGAAUGCUUGUGAAUUAUGAUAAAGAUGCAAUUGACAUCAUGACAGUAAGAAGGCAAUGGCACCAGAAUGAUACAGUAGUUCCCAUAGUUAUUAUGGAGGCUGAUGAGUUUGUCAAAAUAAGAGAGAGCUGGGCACUUUGAUUCCUUUAUGCUGAAGUUGAAUAACUCUGGGUUACACUAAUUCAAUGUUUAAUGAAUUAUUGAAAUAAUAGAACACAAUAGAGGUGAUACUUGUAAAUGCAGAUGUAAAUAUGUUUAGGUAAGACUAACAGUGUUUUAAUGCUCCGCUGUUUUAGUUUGAGUUUAAUAAUUUCCAUGACUUUAAAAUACUAGUAUACUAUACAGUAGUACACUUUAAAAAAAAAAUGGGUACAUAUGGAUAUCAUACUAAUUAAUUUCAUGACUCGUUAAAACCAUUUGCACUUGUAUUUCUAAUCAAAAGUAUGUUAAAAUCUUGGAAUCUUUUUGGUCAAUAAUUAUUUUACUAUUUGAAAUCUAAGCAUGUACAUUCAGCCUUCACAGUAACAAAAUAUACAGUCCAUACAGUUUAAAUAGUAUUUUAUUAGCUUCAGUACCACUUUCACUGUGUAAUUUGUUUUUCAUGGUUGUCUCUUAUUUGAGUUCCCCAUGCUUUUCAUGAGGGCUCUUUUUCAUCCCCACUCACACACAUUGUGCCAUCCUGCUAUACUGAAGCUAUUAAGCACAGGGGGAGGAAGCUAAUACAUGUGGUCCAGCAUGCUGGCAGGCUACUCUAUAUCUCUACUUACCUUCAGAUAUGAAUUAGAGAAUGAAAGUUGCUCAAUCAUAAGCGAGUAGUGAAAAGGGUACUGAACUAAAUGCAGACAGGCAGAAUACAUUUGGCAAAUUCACCUGCUUAACCUGUUUUGAGAUCCCAAAAGGUCAUUGAAUGUUUUUUUGUAUUGUCCGUCAAUAUGUUAUACAGAAUAUUGCAUGUGUAAAUGUUGUGUAAUUCGCUAAGAAUGCUUAAAUGCGAAGACCCAGUGACAUCUGCAGGUGAAUACAUGAGCAUAUGUAGCACAACCGUUUCCUUGUCUUUGGUAACUUUGGUUAGCCUUUGGAUCAUCCUUGCACGUGGAAUAUCUUGUGUAUAUAUUGUAAAAAGAUUUUACAUAUGAUGUAUUUACAUUGACCAUUGGUAAAUUGAAGCAGGGAAUUUUAACUUAGUGGAUAAUGCGUUGAGGAUAAUGCCCUUACUGUUGUGCAUCCACCUGUUUGUUCACUGUCCACUGUUUUAUUGUCAAACUGUUUUGGAUGAUGUAGCCUUCCCUUUCAUUCAAAUGAUACUGUACCAUUAUUGAAUUUGACAUUGUAUUGUUCCAUUUUUAACAUGCGUUAACAUAUUUGAAAAGGUUUGUCUCUUUUUUUCAUUUUAUUGGAAAUGUCGGCCAUUGGGCUUCAUAUGUAAUAAAACGUAUGCGUCAGAAAAAGUUUAAAGUACACCUUUUUUUUUUGGCAUGGAGGGGAUAGUGUAGAUUAAUUCAAAGUACUCUUGUGAGGCACCCAGUAAUGAUCAAAUCGACCAUUUCGUUUCUUAUUAGUUUUACCUCUGAAUUUCUGUGAGUGUUUGAAGUUCUGGGUGGAUAGAUUUCUUAUUACCUGUAGCACUAUUGAAUAUCUAAUGAUUGACUUUUUUAGUUAUGGAUGAACUGUAAUAUCGUAGUUAUAAUGUAAACUGUAACUUAGUGCAGAUGGGUGAUGGGUCUUAAUUAUAAUGGGAAACAUCUUGAGUGAAUGAAAGUAUAUUUGAGAUGCAGACUCAGUGUAACGUGGACCACCUGGGUAUGCACACUCAUCAAUGAUUCAUAAACAUAGCAUAGACUGCCUGGAACUAUAUUUCUGUAUGUGCAAACGACUGUGUUGUAAAUAUUAAAUAAAAUAAAUAAAAUAAAAAAA